GAUACGCCUGUGUAAUUAACAUGUAGCAGAGUCACCGUGCUAUAUCCACUACACUCUACAUUUAUAUACGAUACUGCACAUUUCCUCGUGUCUUUUUAAAGGUGUAGCCGGUGGCCGACAAACGGGCGCGGCCGGUGGCGGCUUGCGGUUCGCGGUGGACAGAGUACAUACUGCCUUAUCCUUACACAAAAAUGUUUACUCGUUUUCUUUAUUUUACUCAUAAAUUAACGAAUUAUUAACUACUAUUGCAACAAACGACUGCUUUACACAACCGCUCGCGGCCGGAGUCGCGCGGCAAGCAGCUAGGUGGAAAUAGAUUAUAAGUUAUAACAUGCUACGUUGAGCAAACAAACCAUAAUUAACAGAGGACAAUAAUAGGUUGGCGCAGUAAAACAAUAGUUGUGGUCACAAGCCGGACUAGGAGCGGCGUUAGCGUGUGGCAGGUAGUCAUUAGGGCGGCAGCGGCGGGUAUAUAGUGGGGUGCGGCCGGUGCUGCGGCCGACUGCGACUGCGAAGACGACAGCAUGCGGUGUGCGGCGGCGCUGGCGGCGCUGGCAAUGCUGGCCACGGCUCCGGCCGGCCUGGCCACCUCCGACAUCAUGAAGGACGUAACCCUCGGCUUUGGUGAGGCGUUGCAACACUGCAGGGAAGAAAGCCAGCUGACGGAGGACAAGAUGGAAGAGUUCUUCCACUUCUGGCGCGAAGACUUCAGGUUCGAUGAGCGCGCGCUGGGCUGCGCCAUCCAGUGCAUGAGCCGGCACUUCGACCUGCUUACCGACGCGCACCGCAUGCACCGCGAGAACACCGACCGUUUCAUAAAGUCCUUUCCCAACGGCGAGGCGUUGUCCCAGCAGAUGGUGGACAUGAUCCACGCGUGCGAGGCGCAGCACGACGCGGAGCCGGACCACUGUUGGCGCAUCCUGCGCGUCGCCGAGUGCUUCAAGGCGAGCUGCCAGCAGCGCGGCAUCGCACCCACGAUGGAGCAGAUCAUGGCCGAGCUCAUUAUGGAGGCCGCGGACCGAUAGCACGACGACAACCCACCACCACCCACGCUCUAGUAUUGUGUACUUAGAUAUAAAUAUGAAAAUGUUACGCGAUCGUAUACUUAUUAAGACUUAAGACUAUUGUUAAUCUGUGUAAUUUGGCAGCAUUUUUUUCGGUAUUGGUGUUACGGUUGUAAGUUAUAAGAAAAGGCGACAGAGUGGCACGGCCGCGCAUUCCGCCACUCCUCGCUCAUGACCAAUGGCUUUGUGAUUUCGUUCCUUAAUAAAUGUUGUUAUCCUAUCAUUGAAUUCGUUUCCUUCACCUACAGCCACAUCAUGAACUUCAUAGUUCUCAUGACAAUCCUGCUUUACAAGCCCGCCCAAUUGCCUGUGUAACUGCCGGACCGUUUUCCCACCUGCCCCCCCGUUAUCUCCCUAAAAUGCGCGCUGUGCACAUUUGCUGCAGUCUGCAACGGUAACGCCGCUGGCAUAGUCGCCACAAAACAAACAGAUACACUCUAAAAGACGAGUAGCCAUUGAAUUUGGAGUUUCUAAUAUAGAACAUUUUGAACCCAAUCUCCGGGAAAGAUAAAAAAAUUACCCGUUUGUGGAUGCACCGCCUGAGAGGAAGAGUAGCGGGCGCAAAGCGAGGAACCAAUUCACGUGUCAUGUAUGUAUUUGACCUACUCAUGUUAUACAUCGGUGCGCGAGGGUUUUCCAGCGCGUCACCGCGGUGCGGCGGCCGGCGCUUGCGCUCGAUAUGAUGUUAGAGCGAGGCCUCGCUAGUUCGUCGCGUUGCGUCAUCGCUACGGACCGACCGAUGUGUGGCGCGGCACAAAAAUCCUUUGUAAAAGGACGCAGCGUUGACGAUACGACGACGCAACGCAACGCAACUAUAAAAUUAAAUUGAGGUAGUCAAAGAAUAAUGGCAAGCUUACCUCUUUACCGUCUUCUCGGUGAGAGUACACAUAUUAUGUGGUGCCAUUACUUUGCAACUUUCAAAAUAAUAAGCGUCUAACGU